UGAGAAACGUCCUCCAUGGAGGUUGAUGGGAAUAGCGAGAUACUGCCAAGGAAGGAUUCUCUCAGUAACCCGGGUCAUCUUUUAAAACCCUUUUGAAAUUGAACUGUACUGGAAACAUUGACAUGGAAAACUGAAGACAUCGAAGGAUUUCUGAUUGAAGGACUUAACUUGGAGUUCAUCAGGACCUUGAUCGAGAUCGACCAAUAAGAAUAAAACAAUUAAGGUUUGGAUUCUGAGUUUGCCAACCACCCCAUUACGCAGUCGACUCGAAUCUCAGAGGGGCCGAGAGUCAUUAAAGAAGCCAUGAAUGAAGCCACAAUGAAUGUUCGGGAUGCGAUGGUUAGCGAGGCUCUGGGUCAAUUCCAGGCCACCUUGCAAGCCGCCGUCAGGGAAGUGCACGUGGACGUGAGCGCCUUCAAGCAGCGCAUAGAGCACAGGAUCGAGGAGCUGUGCAUUUCCCAUGGACCCUUGGCCGGAGUGGUUACCCAGCUGCAGGAGGAGAACCUGCAGCUCAGGGCGAAGCUGGAGGCCCUCAGCCGCCUGGUGGAGGGCCUCGCCGGGGUCAAGAUCGACAGAAGUCCCGCGGAAGAGGAAGGAAAGAACGUGGAGGGUGGUAUCGUGAACGGACAUGCGACGACACAAUCCAAGUUCCAAGACGACCAGCAACUCAACUCUGCGGGAUCUGAGAACAGCCAGUCGAGCGAGUCCACCCCGACGUUUCCUGAACCAUCAGGGUCGAUUGGUGGAUUAAACCACGCUUCUGCUGCUGCUGCUGCUGCAGCUACAGGCAGAGCCCCGGCCCUUCCUCCAUGGAGGGCAAAGAGACAUGCGGAAAUCAACGGCACUGAUGGGAAAAAUGUUGCACGGCCUGCACAGGAGAACGGAAAGCAAGAGAGCUCAGCAGUGGACUCUGAUGCUGCUCCCCAGUCCUACCGACUCCUCACCUCCGUCACCAAACAAACGGCAGAGACGUCUGCCUUAACUUACUCUCUCCAGUCUGCAGUGGAAACCCCCAACAAGCCUGACCAAGAAGUAUCAGGUCUUCUUACCAAUCGUCAUCAGCCGCUCACUUCAAUGACAAGAGCCAGCUGCGACGCUCCAGCUGUUCCUCAGACUGCUGCCAACACACCUAAAGAACUUCCAGUGAAACCAGCAGAGUCUCCUGCUAAAUGUGAUAACCAACCCCUGCCCCAUCUUCCCGUCACCGCCAUGACGACAAAACCCGGCCCAGAGACGACCGCCAAACCUGCACAGUCUGCAGCACCGGCUCCAAAAACAGCAGAAGCGCCGACAUGCGACGAAGGAGGAUUUCCUUUCACAAGAGGUUCAGGGGCAUCUGGAGUAAAGGAGCAGAGGUCCCAGGUCUCCACAGAGCAGUCAGGCUCUGCAUCUCAUUCUCUGUUAACAGCUGUGACCCGAGGCAGCGCUGAGACUUCAGCUCCGAGCCCUGCGUCUGCACUGAAUCCCUCCGUACCAGAAUCCCCGACCAUGAAGAGAGGCGAAUUUCUUUUCAAACGUGACGUCUCACAACCCAAGUCACAGCUGCUUGUUUCUGCCGCCAUGACCACACUGAACACAGAGUCCACAUCGUCCACUACAACAGCUCAGUCCUCGGGUCUGUCAGCAUCACAGGAUCCUGCAGUCAAACCCGGAGAAUAUCCCUUCAAGAGGCUACCAGUUCUUAAGACUCCCAGUCCCAGUCUGAAGAGAAGUGUGAGCUUCCCUCAGCCUGCAGAGAAACUCCUCCCCUCCAAAUCAAUCAUAAAAUCCAGUUUCUCGCCAAACUUGGAGAAGAAAGCAAACAAGGCAGGUGUGGAGUUUAACCUGGACGGGAUGAAAGCACAAACGCUUCCACGCGCCAACAGUGCUCAGGCCAAACGCGCUCUCUUUGAGAGGAUGAACUCGGAGCCGACAAAAGCAAAGGACCCCAAGCCCAAACUGAAGCGCUCUCAGAGUUUUGGAGUGUCCAGCGCCAGCGGGAUUAAACAGAUUCUUUUGGAGUGGUGCCGCUCAAAAACCAUCGGCUACCAGAACAUAGAUAUCCAGAACUUCUCGUCCAGCUGGAGUGACGGCAUGGCUUUCUGCGCCCUGGUUCACUCGUUCUUCCCUCUGGAGUUUGACUACAACGAGCUGAACCCGGCGAACCGAAGACAAAACCUCCAGCAGGCCUUCACCACCGCAGAGCAGCAGGCCGACUGUCUCCGUCUGAUCGAGGUGGAGGACAUGCUGAACAUGGGGGACAAGCCCGACCCCAUGUGUGUGUUCACAUACGUCCAGUCGCUCUACAACCACCUGAAGACGUUUGAGUAACUCUGUAUCAGAGUCCAUCACCGAGCCUAUAGAUGUCAUGAAGCACAGUGUGUCACGAGCUCUUUGAAUUAAACUAAUAUGAAACC